AUGGUCUCAAUCAGUUUUAAUCGUAUUGAUCCGUUAUUUAUGUAUACACAAUUGUUAAAAGAAGCACUUUUGGAAAUCGAAGAUGAUGAUACAGAAUCAAUUAAUGAACUCGUUGAAUACUGUCGUCUUCACAGUGAUGCUUCCGAAAAAACACUUAAAAUGAUCGAAAAAGAAUAUCGUAAUCAUACACCCAUUUGGUGGUACACGGGUCCAUUUUUUAUCUACUCUAUGCUCAAUCGUGGUCUUCGACUAAUGGAAGUCGACAUUAUACUUAAAAUGGGCUUUUUCAUCCGCCAUCUACAUCAAUAUAUUACAGACUUACAUCGUAAACAGCAAAGCAGCAAAGCAGCCAUGCCAUCGAAAUUUCAAGUUUUUCGUGGUCAAGGCUUAUCUAUGGAAGCCUUUGAAAAAAUGAAGAAAACGAAAGGUGGACUUAUGUCGUUUAAUACUUUUUUGUCGACAAGUCGUAAUCGUGAGAUUUCUUUCGAAAGCUUUGCACGGCCAGCAGCAUUCGAUGCAAAUACAGUUGGCAUUCUCUUCAUUAUGAGCAUCAAUACGGCUGUUUGCACAGCAUCAUCGACACCUUUCGUCAACGUCAAAGAUGUUGGCUUAUAUGAUGAUCAAGAAGAAGAAAUUCUUUUUUCGACACAUACAAUUUUUCGCAUCGAUCGUAUAGAACGUAUUGAAGAUAAGCAUACAGAUCGUCUCUGGCAAGUCAAUCUCACCCUCGCUGGUAAUCAAGAUGAUGAUUUUAACAAACUUACAGUACAUUUACGCAAAGAUCAUAGUUGGGCAACAGGUUGGGCUCGACUUGGUCAUAUACUUAUUAAACUGGGCGAGCCUGCAAAAGCAGAACAUCUCUAUCAGCUGCUCCUUCAAAGGGCAUCGUCUGAUGGAGAUCGGGCGAACUACAAUUUACAACUCGGGUUGGUGUAUAAAGACAUAGGAGAAUAUUCGAAGGCAAUAACAUUUUACGAAAGAGCAAUCGAUAUCUACAAGAAAAUGAGUCCUCCGAGUCAGCUCAACUUGGCCGCUGCCUACAACAACAUCGGUUCGGUGUAUGAUAACAUGGGCGAGUACUCGAAAGCACUUUCAUCGUACGAACGAGCACUUGAAAUCCAAAAGAUAGCUCUCCCUCCGAAUCAUCCCGACUUGGCUACUUCCUACAACAACAUCGGUAUGGUGUAUGAUAAAAUGGGCGAGUACUCGAAAACACUUUCAUCGUACGAACGAUCACUUGAAAUCCGAAAAAUAGCUCUCCCUCCGAAUCAUCCCGACUUGGCUGCUUCCUACAACAACAUCGGUAAUAUGUAUUAUAACAUGGGCGAGUACUCGAAAGCACUUUCAUCGCACGAACGAUCACUUGUAAUUCGAAAAAUAGCUCUCCCUCCGAAUCAUCCCUUAUUGGUUUCUUCCUACAACAACAUCGGUGCAGUGUAUGAUAACAUGGGCGAGUACUCGAAAGCACUUUCAUCGUACGAACGGUCACUUGAAAUCCGAAAAAUAGCUCUCCCUCCGAAUCAUCCCGACUUGGCUGCUUCCUACAACAACAUCGGUUCCGUGUAUUAUAACAUGGGCGAGUACUCGAAAGCACUUUCAUCGUACGAACAGUCACUUGAAAUCCGAAAAAUAGCUCUCCCUCCGAAUCAUCCCGACUUGGUUGCUUCCUACAACAACAUCGGUGCAGUGUAUGAUAACAUGGGCGAGUACUCGAAAGCACUUUCAUUAUACGAACGAUCACUUGAAAUCCGAAAAAUAGCUCUCCCUCCGAAUCAUACCGACUUGGCUGCUUCCUACAACAACAUCGGUGCAGUGUAUUAUAACAUGGGCGAGUACUCGAAAGCACUUUCAUAUUACGAAAAGGCGCAAGACAUCUGGAAAAAAUCACUACCUUCAAAUCAUCCGUAUAUUGCGGGUGUGAAAAGAAACAUUGACAAUGUGAAAAAGAAAAUGUAA